GAACAUGAAGGGCCAUGAAACCUCACUUCGAAUAUUGCCAUCUGAUUUGACAGCGGCGGCAAGACUUGGACGAUUAUCCUUGGAACAUGCUGGAGAGGUUGACCUCAGAGUGAGCCCUCUCUCGAAGAAACGACCAGCAAGCUCAGAGGUUUGCACUGCAGACGCCACAGCAUUGGUCAAAGACUACGACAAAGCGAUUGCUAUCAGGACCUCAUGCGUGGCUUCAAAAUACAUCAAACGACCUACUGCAGAGGAGAAUAUAACAGCGUGUCCUCCACUGACAAGUGAACCAUCUGUCAGUGCGACUGAAGGACGCACAUUGUUUCCAGACCCAUACGAUCCACGAACUCCGGAAGAAUUCUCAGAAGGCUUGAAACGUCGUCGUCGUCCGAUGGAAACCUUGUAUCUUGACAUUGCACAAUCAAUACCAGGGCUGAAUGCGUCAAGGUCUUUGCGACAAACAGAUUACAUGUCUCAAGAUGAGUUUACGGCGGAAAUCAAGGGUAUUUAUGCCGCAUUGGUUAUGGUUGAAGCAAAGUGCAUCAAGCUGGAUGCUGCACAUAUGCGUGCCAGCGGGAAUCUUUCUUUGNAUCAAUGGCAAGCACUUUUUGCAGUGCAUCGAACCUUGCUGUACGAACAUCAUGACUUCUUGUCCGCAUCACAGCAUCCCUCGACCAGCUCUUCGUUGCGCAAGCUGGCCAUCAAGUACUCUAUGCCAGCUCGGAUGUGGAAGCACGGUAUCCAUUCAUUUCUGGAGGUACUGCGACGACGUCUGCCGGAAUCGCUUGACUACAUGCUGCAAUUCAUAUACUUGGCAUACCAAACAGUCACGCUACUCUACGAGACGGUCCCAUCCUUCGAAGACACCUGGAUCGAAUGCCUUGGAGACUUGGCACGUUAUAGAAUGGCCGUUGAAGAGAUAGACAUGAGAGAUCGCGAGAUUUGGGGCGGGGUGGCCCGUGAUUGGUAUUCAAAGACAUCAAACAGAAACCCAGAUGUGGGUAGACUAUACCAUCACUUGGGCAUACUGGCACGCCCGAAUGCGAUACAACAAGCAUACUACUAUUGUCGAGCGUUGACUUGUGUUCAGCCUUUCGAGUCUGCCAUGGAAUCACUGUCUUCGCUGCUCUUGCCCUUGACAAAGAUUGAGCCAGAGCGAGCAGUGAUGCCUUAUGUGGACGGAACGGACUCCAUGUUUCUUUGCCUGCAUGCGAAGCUGUUGGCUUCCAGAUCUCGCAAUCAUGGGAUCCAACUUCGUGUUAACAUUUCUACGUAUCAUCUAUGGCUUGAUGCGCAAAUUCGUCGUCAGGCGCUCAAGUGGAAGGAUCAUGGUGUCUUCAUUGCCGACUCUGGUAACCAAGGAGCCGACCCCAUCUUGGACGAUUCCCUGCAUCUUCUUUCCAACACACUCGCGCUGGUUCUGUCUCGAGAGAAUGACUUCAACGUCCUCCCUCAUGUACAUACAAUUCUGGCUUUUCUAUGGAGCAUCUACAAUCUGGCGAUCGGACCGGCCGCCGUGAUUACAAAAGUACUAAGUUCUAUCCCUUGGGGGAAGAUUGUCGAUUUCCUCAACAGUUUCAUCAGGACCGAGCCGAUUGAGAAUCGAGUCGCGGACGAAGGCCGGCGAGGCAGCUUCCUCAAAGGCGCCCCCAAGCCAUUGCCUGAAGACUAUCUUCUUCGCGGCUUGGUGUGGUGCAGAGGCUAUUUUGUGUCUGGCUGGUUUGACGAAAAGCACGACGAGGAAAGCCGGCUUCUUGAGCUGCCCAGCACGAACAAGGUGAGGAUUGAUAGGGUGAUGCGGUUGAGCAUUUGCUUGUCACAGAAAGGAAGUUUCAUCUCUUUUGAUCAUUCCAGGAAGGUGUUCCUUAAACUCAGU